AUGGGUAACUGCGUAUUAAAAGGUUUCAGUGUGACUGAAGUAGAAGAGAUGGUAAAAGUCGCGACGACAAACGGCGGAAUCAUGGAGCUCUUCGCACCCAUUACGGCGGAGAGCAUAACUAACGAUUUCCCCGGCCACGCCAUAUACCGUAGCCUAGAUAUUUUCUCGCCGCCUCUACUCCACAAUGAAGAGUUACAGAGCGGCCUACUUUAUCACCUCCUCCCUCUCGCCACCACUGACAAUAAUACGUACACUUCUUCUUCUUUUUCUUCUUCUUCGUCGUCCGAUUUUGGCUCCGUAUCUAGUGGGGUUUGGAAGGUGAAGUUAGUGAUAAACCCUGAACAUUUAACGGAGAUACUAUCGCAAGAGGCGAGGACAGGGGAGUUGAUAGAGAACCUGAGAACUGUGGCUAAGUGUGGAAAUGGUUUCAACUAUUCGGUGGAUGCUUUUGAUCAAUCAAGUGUUUCUAGCAGCUGGAAAGAUCAAUUGAGGUCACCAAAUUUUUCUCAAAUUACAGAAAGGGAACAACUAAAGUUAUCUAAAGCGAUGAAAGAACGUCUCGCCAAAAAGUCAAGAAUGGAGACUUUAUUAUGCAAAGCAAUCAAAAUAAAGAACUUCAAGGAGGAGCUUGUGACUUCCGAACUUAAUUAA